AUGAAAAUCGAUCAACCAGUAUUGAAUAAGGAUGAUCAAGAAAAGAUAAAUGAUGAUCUUCUUUAUGAUCCUGUUGAAGAAGAAGAAGAUGAUGAUGAAAAACGAAUGAGAAAUGAACGUCUCAAAUCUCGAGAAAUUAACAUCACACAAAAACCAGAUGCAUCAUCACUUCGACCAACUGAUGCAGUUCUCAUUUGUCCUGGUUGUAUGUUAUUAGUUUGUCACGAUUGUCAAAGACAUGAAACAAAUCGAAAUCAAUAUCGAGCAAUGUUUGUCUUUAAUUGUACAAUUGAUGAAAAUCGUAUUGUUCAUGUGUCGAAAACUAACAGUCAAAAAUCAUUAAAACAAAAGAAAAAGAAUAGUAAUAAACGAUUUAAAAGAUAUGAUCCGGAACCUGUAAAUACGAAAAAAGAACAAGAAGUUCAAGACGAUAUAUUAAGACCUAUUUUAUGUAGUGAAUGUGGAAUAGAAUUACAUGGUUAUGAAUCGAAAGAAGAAUUGUAUCAUUUUGCUAAUGUACUUGCUAGCCAUUAA